AUGCGGUUUAUCAAAGUUGUGAUUAUAGAAGGUAAAGAUGGUGCUGGCGAGCAGACCUCAUCGACGGGUGGGUUUGCUGUGGAUGCGGAUCCAAGAGGGCGCGUAGCACAGCCGCAAGUUGAGUGGGGAGGGGCGAGCACAAGUGUGGAAUGGUCGGGCGCGGCGAUGAUCCAAGUGUACCACUAG